UUAGUUUAAAAGUGAAUUGUAAAAAUAAUGUUUCGUAUGCUUUUCGAACGGAUGAACGAUGUUCGUCUUCUAUUUACUAUUGUGUGUGAGCGCUUCAAUUGCCGCAGAUGAAGACCCUUGGUAUACGUAUCAAUUUGAGAAUGCGGACGAAAGCAGAGAAGAAUUGAUCAUCGAUCGUGUGAACGCCGUCGACGGAUUCAAAACUGCUGAGUCCGUCUUGAAGUGGAAGAGUAUUUCGUGGAAACGCCGAAGCUACGCUUUAGGUAUUACAAACACCGGGAUUGCAGUGCUGAAGGCGACAUUGAACAGUACCGAAAAUGAACGUUUCGACAUCGCAGAAAACCAUCACGCUUUGGAUUCAAUUGUUUUGGACGCCGACUUGUUUCUAUAUUCGAGCAAAGAUGAAAAACAGACGAGUCUCAUCGCUCUGGUCCUUACAUCCAAUCAAAAAUCAUCCACAAAUGUUUCCGUUGAUUUAAAUUGGUACGACGUAACUAAAGAGAAUCAAUUUGAAAAAAUCUUAUCCUUAAAUUUGAAUAAAAACGUAACAUACAGCAAAGUGAUCAAAACUAAAUCGAAACAUCUUCUUCUCAUUGGUGAUGUAUUGGGAGAUGAGAAAAGUUUAGCAAUUUACGAGUUUUCUUUACGACGUCCAACAAAUUAUUGGUUGAUUCAAGUUAUUAAAUUAAAUAAUCCAAUAUUGAGUACGGCUUUCGUGACGUACGGCUACAAUUCAUUCCUCGUCGUGGCUCAAGAAACCGACGUGCAAAUCUUCAUUUAUACCAAUGGAAAUUUCACGAAUUCCGGUGUUAUGGAAGUGAAACACGUGAGGCACGUGUCUUCGUUCACUAUAGGUUCUAGGGCUUAUUUAGCCGUUGAUGGUUGGAACGCAGGCAUCUACAGAUUCACGAAAUCUGGUUUGGUGCAGGAAAAGAUCAAAGAUGAUCAUUUCGAGGGUGUAGACUUUUGGUUACCAAUGUCCUUGAAGACGUACAAAGAUGAAGAGAUUCUUUUAGCUGAAAGGUUCUUGGAUCACGGCUCACACAAAACGUAUACCAUCGACGUUGUGAUCCACAAUGGAAGGAGAUUCGCCAUACACGACGAGAUGAUUUGCAAUUAUUACGGCGAAGAAACGCACGGGAUGAACUGUUUGGUCGAAGAGGAAAGCACUUGGGGUAUCAAAGGUUCGGCUAUCCUUAACGUUGGGAAUUUGUUAGGUAUUUUGAUCCCAAGGAAAAACGCAUCCUCUGGUUUGUUCAUGAUCCACACCAGUUUUCGUGACCUCCCAGACCCCAUGGAUUUAACGCAUCUGAAAGAGUUGAAGCAACAAUUUGAUAAAGAUCUGAAGCGACAGAUGGAGGAAAUAGCGAAGAUUAAGGAACAACUAGAACCUAAAGUGGAAACAGCUAAAGAAGUCCACAUAGUUCAACAGCAAAACGUGAUGUGGGAUAACAAAGAUUACAUCGAGGAAUUGAAGCUGAGGGUUCAGAACAUCAGGAAAGUUUUGGCGGAUAUGAAAUUAAGGAUGGAAAGUUCGAAUUUGAAGGAUCGCAAAUUUAAACAUCUCGUUGUUAACGAUUUGGUCGAAGUUAAAGGAAGCAGUAACGUUAAAGAUAUAAAAACGGUUAAAUUUAACGGAAGAUUAGUCGACGAUGUAUUUGGCGAUAUUGUUAGUAAAGAUAAUAUGAAGCACAUACCGAGUUUGAAAACUUUCCAAUUCGCUGAAAUCAAAAACAUCAGUUUCGAUUCAAUCAAUGGAAUCGAUAAAACCAAAAUCGCGUUUACUGAAGACGUGGUUCGUAUCAAAGGAGAUGUUGUCUUUGAGAAUCCUGUAACUGUUGGAAAGUUGAAUGCUUCUACUCUCAACAAUUUGGUUCUUGAGAAUGAAAUCAUCAAGACUGGAGCGUUUUAUAAAGAUCCUUUAAGCUUUGAGCAAUUGAAUGUUGUCGACACGUUAUCAGUUGAUAAAAUUAACAGUUUUCCAAUUCAUAAGAAUUAUUUGGAUGCAUUCAGUAUCAAUGCGAAUGGAGUUUAUCCAAAGUUGGGAGAUAUUGAGAACGUUUAUAUUCCUGGAAAUGUUACAGUCAAUCAAAUUAAUGGUGAAAAUUUGGAUGAUUUUAUUAAGUCCCUUUGUUUGACCAAUAUCAAAACUUACGUGCCUUCAGAAACCACAAUUAUUGGAGAUUUGAUUGUGAAAGAAAAAGCCGACACGGUUAAAUUCAACAAACUCUCAUUCCUCGACGAUUACCUUUUCGGAAUAUCAAAUUCUUUCAUACACAUCAAAGGCAAGAAAAUGUUUUCGAACCCGAUAUUCGUAAAUGAACUAGUGACCUUUGAAACAAUCGGCGGUGUCGACCCCAACGAAUUGGUGACCAUGACAACGCAACAGGAAAUCUUCGGUAAAUUCACCUUCCAAGACUUAGAAGUCACAGAAAGUUUAGAUAUCAUUGGUAACGUGACUGGUGUAAAUUUGGAAGAUUUCUUACCGAACGUGGGUAUAACCAAGACCAAACACAUCAUGUCCGAUAUUAGCUUCAAGAAUUUAGAAGUUGAAGGCACAAUUUACGUUGAAAAUAGAUUCAACAGAAGCAAUUUGGAUGAGAUACUAGAGAAUGUUAUUUAUAAGAAUGAGGAUUUUGCUGAAAUUCACGCCCUGAAAGGAUUUGCUAACGGUUUCACAGUGCAAAGCAAUCUUAACUUACUUUCCAACAAGAUUAAUAAUUUUGAUUUGGACAGUUUCAUACAUAAAGAGAGUCAAGAAAUAAUCAAGGCUAAGAUUUUGCGUGGUCUGGUGACUUUCGAAAACUUGGAGUUGUCUGGUAAUAUUGGGGAUGUAAACUUGACUAAUUUGGAUCAAGAAUGCGUGAAGUUGUCGGGAGAACAGUUCAUUUCGUCAGAGCUAAUUUUCGAGGAAGAUUUGAACGUGGGUGAAAUCGAAAUUUUGGGCGGUUUGAACGAAAUACCCGUUUCUGAUUACUUCUACACUGAUAGCAACAGCGUUUUGUUAAACACGAAAUUCGAUAGAAUCAAAGUUUCGAAUUUGAUAGUCGAAGGAAAUUUGAAUACGAUUGAGGAUAAUUUCAAUCUGCAAAUUAUAGAUCAAAGAAGGCUCAGUUUUACUCGAGAUCAACAGAUUACGGCAGAUUAUAAACUGAAUACUUCAAAUAUGUACAAUUUGGUUGUUAAUAACGUUAAUAAUUACCAGUUCAAAGAAUUGUUCGAUGUCGACGUUGUUGGUGAAAUACUGAAAAAGAAUUUACUCGAAAACAAGUAUAAAAUUAAAGAUCUUAUAGUGGAAGAAACUUUAUCCAUUGAGAGUGUAAACGGUAUUCCCAUGAAAAAUAUAACGAAAAAUUGCGUUUGGUCGCAGGAAAACGAUGGCCCAACUUUAGCCUUCAAAGAUAACGUUUAUGUUAAAGAAAUUAUCACGGAUAAUUUCAACGAUAUUCCGUUUCAAGAAAUGCUGGAAAACGUGGUUUUCAAGAACGAAACUGAUGAUGUUAGAAUCGACGGAUUCAAGCUGUACGCCAACGGUUACGAAGUGCUGAAUUACAUGGUUUCGCCUCGUUUGAACGCAGUUAAAAUGGAAAAUAUCUUGUUGAAAUCUGGAAGGCAACAGAUAAAAUCACCGGUGAUCGUUUUCGGAGAUGUUCUGAUCAGGGAAAACGCCGAGGUUUUAGGUAACAUCAACGAAAUACCUGUUAAUUACUUCGUGAACUCGUUUGAAAGCCUCAACGAAAACACAUAUAGAAUUAAAGAAAACGUAAUGUUCAGUAAAGUAGCUUACGUAAAACAGUUGAAUACGCAAGGGUUUAUAAACAAAAUCAAUAUAUCCGAGUUCAUGAUGAACAGGGUUGACGUUAAUCAGGAUCAAAGGAUUCCGUCUGAAUUGAUCUUCGAAGAUUCGGUUUCAAUUGACGCCAAUUUGAUUAUUAAGAAUCAAAUCAACGGUUUAGAUAUGAUCAACAUGAAGGAUGAACUCUUGUACAUCACGCAAGACGCCGUUGUUAACGUUCCAAUUCAGUUCCAAAACCCUGUGGUUAUACGCGAAGAAUUCAUUUUGGACGAUGAUUUUAACAGUCAAUUUGUUGAUGGUGUUAACGUGUCUGAUUGGGUUAACGCAAUCUAUAUUAACAAGGGUUUCAUUCCUGAAACUGUAAAGUUUGAUUGGGUUGAUGUACGGGGAAGAGCUGAAGUUGAAUUUCUUAAUGGUAUUUCGAUGCUUGAAGUUAUUCCUUUGAAGACGGAACAAGUUAUAAGUAAAACGUUGGCUGUGUCCAAGUUGUCGGUGUUUCGUGAUCUGUCUGUUGGGAAUUUGGUGAAUGGUGUUAAUCUUCAAGAUCAAUACUUGAAUUCUAUAAUCUCCAACAGGAAUCAAGGGGUGAACUCUAGAGUCAUAUUUGAAAGCAACGUUUUGGUGCGUGACGUUCUAGAAGUCAUCGGUAAUCUGAACGGCUACAAUGUAUCAUCUUUGGUUACCACAAACACCGUGCAGAAUCUCACCGCCUCCUACAAAUUCACCGAUAAAACGACCGUGGCCAAUCACGUCAUCGCAUACGGUUUAGUAAACAACAUCAACAUCAGCGAGUGGACUUCCAGCGCCGUCUACAAAUACGCUGAAACCCCGCAAACAAUCAAUCAACCUUGGAAAGCGAACAACAUCACCUUCGGCAACAACGUCUUAGGAAGCGGCAAGAUUUGCGGCUUCGAAAUCAGGAAAUUGGCGGAUCGCACCGAAGAGCGCAGAGUCUUCAAAACUACAGUCGAAAGCGAAAUAAUCAAUCAAUACGGAAUGAUUUGCAAGGAUAUAAACAAGAUAAUUUCAGCUUCCAGAGAUCAGAUUUACUUGUUCAGUUAUUUGGAUUAUUACCAAUAUUUGGAGUUCGAAAACGAUAUUGCGAACGUCCAUAAAUUUGAGUAUUUGGGUAAGGCUUACCUUUUGGUGAGCGAAGAGAACAGCUGUAAAUCGAGUCUCUUCCUUUGGGCCGAGCACGGUUUUCAGCAUCUCCGCUACAUCCAAACCGGAUUAAUCUCUCAAGUCAUCACCGUAAGAGACGGCGAUUUCCUCUUCUUAAUCACCAGAAGUGAUGUUGUUUUCACCAAUUGCAGCAUCGAAAACAGCAAUAUUUGGAAGUUCGAAGCUGAUGAUCUAAUGUUGCUGUACAAUUUAGGUGAUCAAAUUUUGUUGCAAGAUUCUCUAAAACCGGGAACUUUCUACACGAUGGACAAGGAUGCAGUGAACGAAUUCUUGCUUACAACAGUGAUCGAAACUGAUUUGCGGAAGAUUCGGAGAUGGUACAUUCCAACAGAAAACGCUGCUUUCAUUCCGCGAGGUUUGAAAACUUCAUUGGCAAUUCGUAACGGAAGGAAAAUCUUCUACUUAAACACCAACGAUGUAGUCGACAUGGCUGAGAGCUACGACGCUGUGGUUAUUGGAAAUGUUACUGUUCAAGAGAUGCAUUUACUUCCUGGUCGCAACGGCGGUGAACUUCUUCGGUUGAACGUUGGUUAUCCGAGGAGAAGAACCUUCUUAGCCUACGCUUCACACGAAGAAACCAGUGUUAGAGGUCGUCUGGAUUUCAUCAAAAUUUAUGAAGACAUCUUGACCGGAACUUUAUACCACAAAGUACCAACUUAUAAACCAUCAUCAUUAAUAUCUUUAGAGUUUGGUGAAAACGGAGAAACUCUUCUAAUCUUCAUGGAAGACGAAAAGAACUUGCAAAUUUAUGAAUAUAAAGGAAUCGAAGGGUUUAAGCUAAGAUCUACAGCUGUGAUAGCCGGAAAACAGUUGGUACCAUUGAUUAUACCUAGAGAAGAAUGUCCGAGCAAGAAUCACGUCUUCAUCGGAUCCAUAAAUGCGAAUCGGCUGACCAUUUUGCAGGCGAUAAUGCAAGGCGAUAAAAUCGAACAAGAAAACAUACAUUGUGUUCUGUGAUUCAUGUUUAUGUUUAUAAAAAUAAUAUAUAAAUCGUAUUGUUUACGUCUUAAACUUUAGUUUAUAGAAUUUGAUGAUUUCCUCGUCGAUUUCAGCGUCGCCAGUCAAAGGUACAGAUUUCAAAAAGUCCUUGAAACCUUUAUCAUCUUCUUGCCCAAAAAUUGUUUCAGCUUUAUCAAAAUUUUGCUUCAAAUUAGGUUGAACCACAACAUCAGAAUUUACUAUAAAAUUUGGUUCUGUAAUCUCAAAAUCUUUGCUCCAAUUUGGUUCAAUUUCAUCAAAACUUUUCAAAUAAUUUGGUUGAAUCGAAUCAAUUUCUCUUCUCAAAUAUGGUUCGAUUCUACCAAAACUUUUCUUCAAAUUUGGUUCAAUGAAAUCAAAACUUUUCUUCAAUUUUGGUUCAAUGACAUCAUUCUUCAA